GGGAUCUGACGAUGCCAGGUUUUUGAAGAUGCAGAUUCAAGAAAUACCAAUAUCUACGUCAAUUCAAGAGGGGGAAUCCUCAUAUCACUCACUCUCAUCAUCUUCGUCUUCGUCAACUGUGAAUCUUAUCUCAACCAACUCACCUUAUCACAAAAUCUCUCACCAAACUACAACCUCUCACUAAACCACCACCACCAUCAAAAUGGGCGAACCAAAGAAGGGAACAAUCAAGUACCGCAACAAAGAGGGCACCCUCGACGCCUCCGCCCUUCUCUGGCGCGCCCUAACAUCCGAAAAGCCAGAGGUCAUGCGCAAAUACAUCACCAAGGACGCCGUCCUCUGCGAACCAGACCAAAAGGUGUACUCACCCCGCACCGAGCCCUCUCUGGAUGAAUACAUGGAGGACGGCUACGAGCCAUGGACGGCAUACAAGAUCCACGACGAGCCUGAGUUCGUAGAGAUCGACCUCAUGGCUUCAGCGCUCAACUACCGCGUCACUGCGUGGAAGCUCCAGAAUGGAGAGAUGUUGGCGACGGAGGCUUGGUGUCAUAGCGUCUUCAGACAGGGACCCGGAGGUGAUUGGAAGUGCUGUCUUCAUCAUAUGGCCAAGGUCUAAAGAAGACUUAGAGUGUUUAAGGUGUUGGGGAUUGGCGAAUUGGGUUUUUGGAGACUGUUUCUAAGCUAUGUUAAUUAACGACGUUAACGUUAUCACAACCUACAUUACUUUCUCAACCAUGCAUCACUUAGUCAAGCGAAGUUCACGCCAAGCUUUCCCAGCUUCAGCUUAACAGCGAUAACUAAUAAACAGAGUUUCUAAUUGUCAAGAUUAGCUCGCUCACCCUUGUCCGAUAGGUAAUAGUAACAACAACCGGGACCGCCUCCCGGAUGCAUUAAACUCGACGGUUGGGGAGACAGAGUUAAGUUGAGUUGAGCGCCAAGGGAUCUCUCAGGCGGGGGAGGGGCCCUUUAUCUCCCCCUCGUGCAUCCAAGAGAUGUUCUCUUUUCUGAAUAUGGUCGCGUGCGUAUUAUUCUGUAUCUCUCACGAAAGGCCAUUGGCGAGUAGAGUCAAGAUGGUGGCUGUCGAUCAGGCUGAACGAGAAAUCCUGCACGUUGACACUUUCUCGAGCAAGGAUUAACACGAAAAUAUCUGAACCUUCGGUCUCUCGUUUGGGGUCGUUUGGUUGGGUCUGAUUGCUUUCCCUUGGCGGCCUGGGCGUUUUCGCCUCCAACGAUGUUCAUCGACUCAAGCAAAGCAUGGUGUGCCACAGAAAAAAAGUCUUGUCGCUCUUGGCUUUCUUGUCAUAAUGAGCGUUUAUUGAGGCCCUGGUUGCAAGCCUGCAUGUCCCUUCCAUCCGGUCGAUGAUUCUGUAAUCCGAGGUCAUCAUCGAUCGCUUAGCAGGAUUCUGACUGCGUUCUUUCACUGUGUCUUCGGACAUGUAGUUGUGGGCUGUAAGACUGUGACGUCGUGCUAUCGCCAAGUUCAACCAAAGUCCAAAAUAAUCUCGCCUCUUCGCAAUGAACAGAUAUUACAACCGAGACUCGAAUAUCUGCUCACUUUCUUCGGCGUGAACCGGACAGUCGGCUUUGUCUUUGCUUUUUGUCUGUGUUAUAACCGACUACUUGGUCCGCGCAUGGCUGUCGUAUUACGACCUGUCUCAAGCCAAGGCUCUUGUCAAAUGCUUCUUCGCUCUAAGAUGGACUUGGCGAGAAGCACGACGCGGGGAGUUCAGUAAUGGAAUGGACAAUGUAAAGCAGGAGUGACAUGUCCUCGCGAACUGAAGUUGUCCCAACCUCCUCCUCCCUCCUCCCCCAGACCAAACUCUCUUCAAAAUUCUCCUGAUGCAACGCCCUCCGCUCCGGGGUCCUUCAGCGGAGGGCACGUGUCCUCCUCUGUGAACCUCUUCGCUACGAGUGGCUCCGCCCAAGCCCACUCCCCACUCCGCCGCCCCACGAUAACCCUGCCUCACCCAAACACCGCUCGCCUUGGCAAUGAGACGCUUGUGGGGCCGCCGACCGUUCCGCUCCAUUACUGAACUGUACUGAAGAGGGGGCGUGUGUCCGUUUUUCCGCUGCCGUUUGUUCUCGUGUUCCCUUUCCUUUUUGCUCUUCCUGCAGCAUGCACGUUUUGAUCCUCUUGCAGCAAAAUAUUGUCACAGAGGAAUCGUGGAUGGUUGUGAGCACAUCUUGUAUCGUGGCUACACGUGUUGAGAAGCUUUUUGGUGAUCAACUUGGCGCCUUGUAUUGACUUGGCUUCAGACAUCCAUCUCUGGUUCAAGAUGGUGGGUGGAAACCCUUGAACCCUUCGUACCCUGUAGCUGUUUCUUAAAAUCUGCCUCGUACUUUGUAACUCACCACGAUACGCGUAAUAAAUAAAGACAGUAUACGGGAGAUAGUAUAGAUCCGCCUACAUGUAGCAGAUGGAUCUAAAUCUCAACCUGCAGCACCAGCGAGAUAAACAACCGAAAAGGCCCGAACAAUAUCUCACCUGUAUCCGCUCAGUUUUCGUCACCAAACACUAUCUGUAACCCCCACAAGGAUCGUCCAUGGAGAAUUAAAAAAAAAAGAGGCUCGAGAGCGUCGCACAUCUUGAGGCCUUGAAUCCCAGAGGCCUAGACCGC